CUGUCUAAUAAUUGUGGAGCUGUUCAAAUUAUUACUGUUGCUCUUCUAGUUGCUGCUAAUCAAAAUAAUGGUAACCAAAAUAAAAAAAAAAAACCGAAAAAUUUCAGGCCUUUUGUAUCAGAUCCAAUGGAGGAAACAAAUAUUCCACAACCAGAACGGCAAUUAGUUUCUUAUCACGACAUUUCUGAAGUCAUUGAACCGCCACAACAGGCAACUUAUAGUACACUGGAAAAACCUAAACAGAAGAAAGCAGACGUGAUGUAUUGCAGGCCCGGAUUCGAUAAUGUCCCAUCAUAUUAA